GAGAAUGAAUUAACUUUCUAUGCUGGUGACGUCAUUGAGGUAGUCUGCUGUGGCGAUAAUAUGUGGUGGAAAGGAAGGCUUGGGGAGGAAAAGUUAGGCUGGUUUCCGAGGUUCUACGUCGAAGUUAAUGGGGAUGGCGAUAGUGCGUCACACAGAAACUCAACGACGUUGUUGUCGUCGUCGUCGUCAUCUUCCAUAUCUUCAUCCUCGCUGUCAUGUGACACGCAUAGAAGACACGUGAUCAUUGACGUCAUCAAGGCAGAAAAUGAUUACGUCAAACACCUGGAUGACAUCGUCGAGGGAUUCAUGAUGAAAUGUUUGGAAAACAGGAAAUUAUUCACGGAAGAGGACGUAGAGGGAGUAUUCAGCAACAUUAAGGAAAUAAGAACGUUCGCCAAGCACUUUUUACACGAACUACUCAAAAGAUAUGACACGAACUCCGUCGAGUGCACUUGCUUCGGAAAAUGUUUCAUCGAAAAUAAAAAUGGCUUCGAGUUAUACUCCACCUACUGCAUCAACCACCCAACAUCUUCACACCAUCUGGCCUCUCUUAACAAGAUUAAAAAUUAUAAAGAGUUUUUUGAGAAAUGUCGGAAAGAGCGAGCGAUGAUAGAAAUAAACCUGGACGGAUUCCUUCUGACGCCUGUUCAAAAAAUUUGCAAGUACCCCCUGCAGCUGAAGCAACUGCUGCGAUUCACAUGCCAGCAACACAACGACUACAACAAUUUGAAGAUGGCUAUUGAGAUCAUGAAGAACAUUGUUGUAUCAAUUAAUGAGAUGAAACGACAGGCCGAGCAUGACCAAAAAUUGUUGAGAGACUGGCAGAAAAACAUUGUUGGCUGGCAGGGCAGCGAUGUAAUUGUAAGGAACAGUAAUUUGGUACAUUCAGGCGAACUGAUCAAAGUAAGCGAGAGAGGUUGGAGCCAUCAGAGAGUCUGUUUUCUGUUCAACAAAGAAAUCGUCAUCUGCAAAAAAGAUUUGCUCUGGCGAAAUAUUCUGUUGUUUAAAAAUAGAUACAACUUGAAAGAUAUCACGGUCUUCGAUGUUUUAGAUGGAAAAGAUGAACAAACAGGACUUAUGUUGAAAACUUGCUUCAGACUGUACCUUUCCAACAAGAAUGAGCACCAGAUUUGGAUGUGCAAGAAUGAAAAUUUUAAGAAGGAAUGGCUGACUGUUCUGCGAAGACUGCUGUGA